AUGGUCUUCACGUGUACACGUCUGUACGAAAAUAAAUCGUGAAUUCGUUCGCUAAUAAUGGUAUAUUGCAGUGUAAAAUGGUGUGGCAAGUCAUCUAAGACUUCCAAAUACUUAACAGAUGGGAUAACAUUCCACAGAUUUCCAAAAAAUCCUGCAAUUAAAACAAAAUGGAUUGACGCUACGCACCGUGGACAGUUAUGGUACCCAUGUAAUACGAGUGUCAUUUGCUCAAGGCACUUCACUGCGGAUAAUUUCCACCAAGUAACGAGCCAGCGGAGACGAUUAUUGAGUUCUGCAGUACCAACUCUAUUUUUACCAGUUUUGGAUCAUGGCUCUACUCUGCAGGGUUCAGUGUUGAUAACAACAUCUCAACAGCAGAAUGAGAUGUCACAAACACCUACCAGUAAGCGAAAACUAUCCCAAGUCCGGGACCCUGAGUCACCAUCUGCUUAUGAUAGUCCUGACAAAAAACGACUUAGUCGAAGAAUCAUGGAACUUAAGUGCAAAGUAAAUGAAAAAAAUGUUAAACUGCGAAAGUUGCGUGAUGCAAACAGGAGAUUAAAACGAGAGAUCGUUUCACUGAAAUCUCUUUUAGAAGAUUUUCAAGAAUUAUAA